AACGUCAUUGUGUCACGCAAUGUGCGCCAUUUUGGAUGGGGGAAAAAAAUCACAGACGAUUUCCGUGAUCUGAUCCCGACUCUUCACCUUGCUUGUGGAUGUUGACUAUUUUUACCCCAUGCAAGUUACAUUGGUUGAAUAAGCAGUGUUCAGUAAUAGCCAACUCUGCUAAAUGAAACAAUGGCAGGAGUUGCCGGUGGAAAUGACUUUCAGUGGUGUUUCUCACAAGUGAAGGGGGCAAUAGAUGAAGAUGUUGCGGAAGCGGAUAUCAUCUCAACGGUUGAAUUCAACCAUUCUGGAGAGUUUCUAGCAACUGGAGACAAGGGAGGCAGAGUUGUCAUAUUUCAACAUGAACAGGAGUGUAAAAAUAGACCACACCUGCGAGGGGAAUACAACGUCUAUAGCACAUUUCAGAGUCACGAACCUGAAUUUGACUACUUGAAAAGUUUAGAAAUUGAGGAAAAAAUUAACAAAAUAAGAUGGUUACCCCAACAAAACUCUGCUCACUUUCUGCUCUCAACAAAUGGUAAGAACAUUUUGCUUGAACCUACUAAGCUUUUGGUUAGGUUGUCUUCAGCCUCAACAUACACGUUUUUGUUUCAUACAGAUAAAACUAUCAAAUUGUGGAAGAUCAGUGAACGAGACAAGCGGGCUGAGGGUUACAACUUGAAAGACGAAGACGGACGUCUCAGGGAUCCCUUUAGAAUUACCUCCCUGCGGGUACCAGUUCUGAUGCCCAUGGAUCUCAUGGUAGAAGCAAGUCCUCGGAGGGUGUUUGCCAACGCUCAUACAUAUCAUAUUAAUUCCAUUUCUGUAAAUAGCGAUCAUCAAACGUACCUCUCCGCUGAUGACCUAAGAAUUAACCUAUGGCACUUGGAAAUCACUGACAGAAGCUUUAACAUUGUAGACAUCAAGCCUGCCAACAUGGAGGAACUGACAGAGGUGAUCACAGCUGCUGAGUGCCAACCAAACCAAUGCAAUGUAUUUGUGUACAGCAGUAGCAAAGGCACCAUACGCCUCUGUGACAUGCGAGCAGCAGCACUCUGCGAUAGGCACACUAAGUUCUUUGAGGAGCCUGAGGAUCCAAGCAGCAGGUCGUUCUUCUCUGAGAUCAUCUCGUCCAUUUCUGACGUGAAGUUCAGUCACAGCGGGCGCUACAUGAUGACACGGGACUACCUCUCUGUCAAGGUGUGGGACCUCAACAUGGAGAACAGGCCAGUCGAGACAUAUCAGGUUCACGAAUACCUUCGCAGCAAGCUCUGUUCAUUGUAUGAAAAUGACUGCAUCUUUGACAAGUUUGAGUGCUGCUGGAACGGUAGCGACAGUGCAAUCAUGACUGGCUCCUACAACAACUUCUUCCGGAUGUUUGACCGCAACACCAGGAAGGACAUUACACUGGAGGCCUCCAGGGAGAGCAGCAAACCGCGUGGCACACUCAAACCCCGCAAAGUCUCCACUGGAGGCAAGAGGAAGAAAGACGAAAUUAGCGUGGACAGCCUGGAUUUCAACAAGAAGAUUCUGCACACCGCCUGGCACCCCAAAGAAAAUGUCAUCGCUGUGGCAGCCACCAACAACCUGUACAUUUUCCAGGAUAAGAUCAACUAAAAAAAUAAUUGGGCUCCAUCCUGAGGACAAGGCUUUACUGUUCCUGUGUAGUUAAGCCUAGUGGUUUAUCCGUAUCAGAAACUAACAGCCCUAUCGUCCUCCUGGUGGCACUUUUCUCCUUUUGUUGCCGCAGGAGGUUGAUUGGUCUGCCUGUUUUUUUAUUUUGAGUCAGAGGUUGAUUUUGCCUUGGGUGAAUCGGUGCCAGGGCAGAGAUCGGACCCGGAGAGCCCACCUUACUUUGAAUCAAUGGAACGGCACUCCCAAGAGGUCAAACUCUUGAACAUUGGUGUUUGUGUUGACAUUUUCAGCCUUUAUUUCAUAAUCUAACAACCAAACUAUGGAAAGCCCUGAAAAUGACCUCUUGUUAUUGUUAUAACACCCUCUUUUGGACCUUUCUAAAACAUGAUAUUUCCUGGGUUUUAGGCCUACCUGUUAACAUUCCCCCAUUGACCAUGCAUUCAGGCCAAAGCACUUGCAACAGGUCAUGAAUUUGGAAAGUGGACCUUUUUCUUUUCUCUACCCACUCCCUCCUAUCUCCAAUUUAUCCCCCAGACAUGGUAAUCUCAAUGACUGUAUCUAUUCAAGUACACCUUUAUGGUGUCAUCCACAUAAUAAAAGUAACUAAAACUACA